GGUGCUGAAAUCGCAGCCCGUCGUGACCAUGUAAACGGCGAUGAUGCCAAACGGACCGUCGGCCAAUGAACACCAAAAUGGAUGAUGAUCUGUUCCAGCUGAGACAGCUGCCUGUUGUCCGCUUCCGUCGCACAGGUGAGAGCACACGUUCAGAGGAAGAUGUCGAGAGCAGAGAGCAGGAUGCAAGGAUUGCAGAGCAGACUGAUCUGGAGGCUGUGGCGCUCACUGAGGGAGCUCCAGUACCUCGAGAGUUUGCUAAUCCGACUGAUGACACAUUCAUGGUGGAAGACGCUGUAGAAGCCAUAGGCUUUGGGACAUUUCAGUGGAAACUCUCCAUCCUCACUGGCCUAUCCUGGAUGGCUGAUGCUAUGGAGAUGAUGAUCCUCAGCAUCUUAGCUCCACAGCUCCACUGUGAAUGGAGACUGCCCAGCCUGGAAGUGGCACUGCUUACAUCGGCAGUGUUCAUCGGGAUGAUGAUAAGCUCUUCUCUUUGGGGGAACAUAUCUGACAAAUACGGCAGAAAGACAGGUCUGAAGCUGAGUGUUCUGUGGACGAUGUUCUACGGCCUGAUGAGUGCUUUUGCACCUAUUUACGGCUGGAUCCUUGUCCUCCGUGCACUGGUGGGCUUCGGCAUUGGAGGGGCACCUCAGUCGGUGACACUGUAUGCUGAGUUUCUGCCUAUGAAGUCCAGAGCCACAUGCAUCUUGCUUAUUGAGAUAUUUUGGGCACUGGGCACUGUAUUUGAGGUCCUCUUAGCGAUCCUGGUGAUGCCCACUCUGGGCUGGCGCUGGCUGCUCGGACUUUCUACCAUUCCUCUCUUCAUUUUUGCCAUUCUGUGCUUUUGGCUGCCAGAGAGUGCUCGAUACGAUGUGCUGACCGGGAAUCAGGAAAAGGCUCUGAACACACUGAAGCGCAUUGCCACUGAGAACGGAGCACCCAUGCCACUGGGAAAACUGAUCGCCGCCAGACAGGAAGAUCGUGGGAAGAUUCGAGACUUAUUUUCAUCUCACUUCCGCUGGACCACAGUCCUGCUGUGGUUUAUUUGGUUUGCGAAUGCUUUCUCUUACUAUGGGCUGGUGCUGCUCACCACAGAGCUGUUUCAGGAGGGAGGCGCAUGUGGAAUGUCCAAAGGUAAUAAGGAGGAGCUCCGAUGCAGCUUAGAGUGUAAAUACCUUAAUUCUGACGACUACAAAGACCUGCUGUGGACUACGUUAUCUGAAUUCCCAGGACUGCUGGUGACGCUGUGGGCUAUCGAUCGAUUGGGAAGGAGGAAGACCAUGGCACUGUGUUUCUUCGUUUUCUCUCUGUGUAUUAUUCCACUUUAUGGCUGUGUUGGGAGAGCCUCCAUGACAGUGUUGAUAUUCAUCGCCAGAGCAUUUAUUGCAGGAGGGUUUCAGGCAGCCUAUGUGUACACUCCAGAGGUAUACCCAACAGCGACCAGAGCUUUAGGAUUGGGAACAAGCAGUGGAAUGGCCAGGGUUGGUGCCCUAAUAACUCCAUUUGUUGCCCAGGUGAUGCUGGAGUCCUCGGUGUACCUGGCUCUGUCGGUGUACUGCUGCUGUUGCCUCUUCGCGGCCAUCGCCUCCUGCGCGCUGCCAAUUGAGACGACAGGCCGCGGCCUGCAGGAGUCCAGCCACCGUGAGUGGGGACAGGAGAUGAUGGGUAGGGCUUCUUCCCACAGCGCUGGAGGAGUCCCUGACUCCAGCUCCGGCUCCCAGGGCUGAGGAUGCGUCAGCUGCAGUGCAGCUGAGAGGAGACCACAGUGAAGAAGAGAAGCAAGGAGAGGGAAGACAACAAAACCAGCUCUCUGUGUUCAUCUUUGCCCCCCUUCUAUGAUCUUCAGUUUAGUCACCGCAGUGGCUGGGAGCCAGGCAACACAGUAGUUACAUGUACAUGUCAUUGUACUUUUAGUCUUUUAAACACCAUUGCUCUCACAAGUUUGCCACUGUAUAACUGCACACAGGGUAAUCAAGAAAGACCAAAUGACCUACACGAGUGUGAGAGUGAAUGGGGGAGGAAAAUCGUAAAGAGAGAAUUCUAAUACUUCAACCAAAGUAUUUUAAUCACGCUUUUCUAAUCCAAGAGAAGCAAAAGGGAUAGCGUAAGGUCUAAACAACUAUCUUCUUUUCAAAAAGCCUUAAAACUACCUAUUUAGCUUGUGGUCGAGAGACCUACUCUUAAACCUAUGAGAAAGCUGCUUCUGCUAACGUAGUGGGCGUAGAUACAUAUGUAAGGAACAGCAUUAUCCUGUGCGCACAAUUUGCCUGCUGAAAUACACUAAUCACACUUGUCUUUAUUUUUUAAAACAGAGCAUUGAUAGAUUGAAGGAAAAUCCCACACAAUCAAAACAACAGGGCAUCUGAAUGAAAAGGGUGUGGGGCUAUUUAAUAGUUUCAGCCGUGAGAGGUGAAAGGAAGUCACUAGCCUUCAUACACCGAGCAUCCUUUUGAACUCUUGUGUUGUAUGUUGUUCUUGUGUCAGUAUUAGUUCACAUUUUAACACGGUAAAGACCCAUGGAAAAUGCAGGUAACAUUGAAAAUACCACCUCAUCUCUUGAUCAUUAUCAGGACAGAUUCUUUAUAUCAAGCUGAGGGAUCUGUUGAAACCUUCAUCAGAAGAUAUUAACAUCAGUAAGAUAAUAACUUCUCAUAUUUACAGCACAAACACGCUCCACGGAUCCUGUAUUUACGUUAACAUUAAAGUGUUUGAUCAUUUAAAUCUGAGCAGUUUCUCAACACCCAAAGCUGACUGAGCCUAGUUAGCAAGGUUUACAUAAUUUAAAAAUACAAAAACAUUCACACAUGUAUGUGGUGUCAUAAUCUAUAGACUUUGAUGCAUCUCGUGCCCUACUUCAGCAGACUUUGAUGCUGCGUUCCCGAAUGUCCACAGCGGGAUGUUGCGUUCUGUAAAUAAUGUAUCAAUACCUGGUUUAGUUGUUGUCUUUGCUUUUGUUUGUAACAGAGGUGACGUGGAGAUGGACUGAGGGAAGUUUUGUUUAAAAAAAAUAAAUAAAUACAGAGAUUAACGAGUAUAGGUCUGAUGAGCUGUUACCUGCCAGUGUUUGAGAUGAAGAGCUGCAUUACGUGUCUGUGUGCACAGAUCCUUGUCAACGCACUGGAUGUAAAUGUGUAUGAUACUGUAGUAAAUGAUCUUUCAAAGACAA